AUGCCUCUUCCAUUUAUCGGCAGGCUGCAUGCCACCGAGUACAUUUCGAUUGUCGUUUCCUUCUUCCUUGUCGGCCUCGAAGCAAUCGUCCGAGUCCUGACACUGGCAUUGCCCUCGUUCCUCGUCACCUUCUUCUACCGAGCUUCGCGACGACUCUUUAACGUAUUUUCUUCGCCGGCGCAGAAGAAAGCGGAGAGCAAGAAGAAAUCUAUUUCUACUUCUGUGCGCGAUGCGUCCGAUUUCGUUGAGCUUUGCCAACUAUGGGGUUACGAAGCGGAAGAGCACAUAGUUCAGACAAAGGAUGGGUUUCUGCUGGGCCUGCACCGCUUGCAGUGGCGAAGAGGCGAGGAGGGCACGAAAGUCAACUGCGGCCGAAACAGCGCCAAGAAGCGCGUUGCUUACCUUCACCACGGCUUGCUGAUGAAUUCUGAAGUCUGGGUCUGCCUGACGGAUGAGCAGAGAUGCUUGCCAUUUGAGCUUGUGGAAAGAGGAUUUGACGUCUGGUUUGGAAACAACCGCGGCAACAAAUACUCUAAGAAAUCUAUUCACAGCUCUCCUACGUCGGUUAAAUUCUGGGACUUUUCCAUCGAUGAGUUUGCCUUCCAUGAUAUCCCGAAUAGCAUCGAGUACAUCCUUGAGACGACCGGCCAGGAGAGCCUUUCAUACAUUGGCUUUUCGCAGGGAACUGCUCAGGCAUUCGCAACCCUGGCCAUCCACCCCAAGUUGAACCAGCAGGUCAAUGUCUUUAUUGCUCUCGCACCUGCCAUGGCCCCCGCUGGACUGUCCAACGGCGUCGUCGACUCCUUGGUCAAGGCCUCACCAUCGGUUCUCUAUCUCAUGUUCGGCAGACGGUCCAUCCUCAGCUCCGCCACCAUGUGGGAGACUCUCCUGUACCCGCCCUUGUUCUGCCGCCUCAUCGACAUGGGUCUGUCGUUCCUCUUUGGAUGGCGCACCAAGAACAUCUCCGCGAGCCAGAAGCUGGCCGCAUACCCCCAUCUGUACUCUUUCACAAGCACCAAGAGUGUCGUCCACUGGUUCCAGAUCAUCCGCAACAAGUGCUUCCAGAUGUACGAUGACGACGUCUACCAGCCUAUGAGCUUGGCUUCGUCGAGCAAGUACUCAAAGGUCGCCAAGUAUCCCACCCGCAACAUCAAGACCCCCGUCGUCCUCGUCUACGGAGGCAGCGACUCCCUUGUCGACAUCAAGUCCAUGCUCAAGGAGCUCCCGCGCCAGACCGUCGCAACAGAGAUCCCGCACUACGAACAUCUCGACUUCCUGUGGGCGCGCGACGUAGACACGCAAGUCUUCCAGCACGUCUUCGACGCCCUAAACAGCUUCACCGACGCGGAGCACACCGAGGAGGAAUACGAUAGGUACCACAUCGUCCGCCAAGAGAGC